AUGUCAGCCUUGGGGUGGAGGCAUUUUUCCAGCGAUAUUGAAUGCAAACUUGUUUUAUAUCUACACAGAGUGGGAAGGGGGGUGUCCCUCUGCACCACCUGCCUUCUGAGUGUCUCCCAGGCCAUCACCAUCAGCCCCUGGAUCUCCAGGUGGGCAGGGAUUAAGGACAAAUCUCCCAGGUACAUAAGAAUCUGCAUUUCCCUGUCCUGGGUCCUUGAAAUGCUGAUAAAUGUCAUGUUUCCCAUAUAUCUGAGUGCUUCACUGAACAAAAUAAACACCACAGAUAUGAAAGUCUUUAUAUUCUGUUCUGCUGUUCGUAAUGACCAAACUACAAACUCAGUGUUUACAGCCUUGCUGUUUUGCACAGAUGCAGUGUGUCUGGGGCUCAUGCUCUGGGCCAGUGUCUCCAUGCUUCUCAUCCUGCACAGGCACCAGCAGAGGGUUAAGCACCUUCACAGGAACAAGGUCUCCUCCAGACACUCCCCUGAGUCCAGGGCUACCAAGACCAUCCUCCUCCUGGUGAGCACCUUUGUCUUCUUCUACUUCCUCUCCUCUGUCUGCCAGACUCUUCUGGGUCUUCUUAACCAGCUCUCCACAUUUCUGGUGAACAUUGCUGCCAUGAUGGCUUUGUGUUUCCCAGCUGUCAGCCCCUUUCUGCUCAUGAGCAGGGACUCCAGCAUGGUCAGGCUCUGCUUUGCCUACAAGAUGAAUAUAAAACUGCCUAAUCUUAUGCGUAAAAUAUAA